AAAAAAAAUUGUGGCCAUAUCAUGUCAUCUUCCCAUAUAGAUAAUCUGGCCUUUGGAGUUUUGCUCCAAUUAAUUUAAGUAGUGAAUGUUUAUUGCAAAUAAUUUUCAAUGACGAACCCAUUUUAGGUAGGUGAUAGCUUUUGAGCACGCAUCAUUCAUAGCUAUCUAAUAUACAUCCACUCAUCCAGUUGUUGGAAGGAAGAACAAACUAGCUCAUCCAAACACCUUGAGCAAAGAUUAUUUCAACAAACUUGUGGUGGAUGAAUUAAAAAAGAGAUAAGUGGGGUGGGGACCCCUCCUAUCUUAUUUGUAACGCCACAAAGCCAAGUUUUGGAUAUCAUUUGUAGAAUGGGCCGUUGCUUAUUCACCCAUUACCAAUUGAGUUUGCUUGUUGAGUGGUGAUAUAUGGAGAUUGCAGUGGGUAGAGGUUUCCAAGUUUUGACAUUGUCGGGUUCAUCUUUUCAUGGAAAGAGUAUACGUAAAACUUGUGUAUCUCUAAAAGGCUUUAAUUGGACUAGUGCUAGAAAAGGACAUUCUCUAACACCAUGCACAACUCUGGUUCAAGCUCACCAAAGGCCAACAUGGCUUCCUGGUCUUGACCCUCCGCCUCAUCUUGAUGGAACUCUUGCUGGAGAUUUUGGUUUUGAUCCACUAGGACUUGGAGAGGAUCCUGAAAGUUUGAGAUGGUAUGUACAAGCAGAACUUGUUCAUGCCCGCUUCGCCAUGGCUGGGGUUGCUGGAAUUCUUUUAACUGAUUUGCUUCGUGUCACUGGAAUAAGGGAUUUGCCAGUGUGGUAUGAAGCAGGAGCUACAAAAUUCAACUUUGCCAGCACAACAACUCUGCUCAUCAUUCAACUAUUAUUGAUGGGGUUCGUUGAAACAAAAAGGUACAUGGAUUUUCUUGAUCCUGGCUCUCAAGCAAAACCUGGAUCCUUUUUUGGACUAGAAGCUGCACUGGAAGGCCUUGAACCAGGGUAUCCAGGUGGCCCUUUAUUGAAUCCUCUUGGAAUUGGAAAAGAUAUCAAGAAUGCUAAAGACUGGAAACUGAAAGAGAUUAAAAACGGACGCCUAGCUAUGGUGGCUAUGCUUGGUAUUUUCGUUCAGUCUUCUGUUACUCAUGUUGGUCCUAUUGACAAUCUGAUCGAGCAUCUCUCCAAUCCAUGGCACAAAACCAUUCUUCAAACCAUUGCUGGAUCGAGUUCUUGAUUAUUGGAGUUUGUUGAAAACAUGGCAUACUUAAAUGUUUUCAUUCAAAGGCCACUCAGUAAAGCAAGCAACCUUGUAUAAGAAACUUAUGUGUAUUUCAAUCAUGUCCUUCCAUUUCUGACUGACUAUAUAAUACUAGGACAUAUAGAGAACAGUUGUCAAUGAAGGAAAUUAUACGGUAUCAUAUGGUUUCUACAAAAAGAUCAAAUGACAGGUUAUUUGAGGAUGAUCUUUAGGCCACACCAAGUAAUAAUCUUACCUGCACCAGGUUUUGCGCCAAAUCGGUGAAUGCAAUGCACAUGUCAUGCAUAUAACGUUUUACUGUUAAGGUUAAAUUCCUUGGUUUGGUGUAAAGUGUAAACAUGGAGAUCAGGUAAGUAUUUUUCUGACAAUGAGUGUAUAAGUGCUUUAAAUAACUUAUGCAUCUUCUACCCAAC